CAACGACCACAACGACCAAAACGACAAAAACAACAACGAACGACGACAAAAACGACGACAACGACGACAACGACGACACAACGACCAAAACGACGACAACGACCAAACGACGACGAAAACGACGAAAACGACGACAACGACGACAAC